AUGAAGCCGGGAUCCCUCAGCCACGGGAGCAGCACCGCCUGGGGCAAGGCCCUGCGCCGGCCCGCCGCCCUCCAGCCGCACCUGCCGCACGUGCGCACGCCGCCCACUCCCCGGCGGGCCCACUGCCCCCCAAUACGCUGCGGCCAAGUUCCAAAGACGCCCUUCGAGGGCUUCGUGGCGCGGCCCCCCAACUCGGAGCUCCACCUGGGCAACGCGUGGUCGCUGGCCCACGCCUGCGAGCUGUCGUACUUGACCCAGGACGAGGUGAGGUCCAUUGCGGAGGGGCGCUGGGGCCUGAAGGGCCUGCUGUGCUACGGCUACGGCGACAACGACGGACCGGACACGCAGUGCUUCGCGGCCGCGGGGCCCGACUUCAUCGUCGUGGCCUUCCGCGGCACGACGAGCAUCACGGACUGGGUGCGCGACCUCAAGGUGUGGAAGCUGCCCGACGGGCCCCUGGGAUGCGAAGCCCACGCGGGAUUCCUCGAGGGCGUCCAGGGAAAGUGGAAGGGGCGGUCGAUCAUUGAUUCGGUGCUGCAGGGCGUUCGCGACCUGGAGAGGCAGUACGGGAAGGAGGAGGGGUUGGCUAUUUACGUGACCGGGCACAGCCUGGGCGGGGCUCUGGCCACCCUUGCGGCCGCCUACAUGCUGGAGGACCCGGAGCUGAGGGACAAGGUGGCGGGGCACUACACCUUUGGCUCGCCCAGAGUGGCCGGCCCGCGGUUCAAGAAGCGGUUCGAGGCGCUGGCGCCCGCGGGCAGGGCGUUGGCGCACCGGUUCCAGAACCGGGAGGACGUGGUGAGUAAGGUGCCGGCGUGGUGGCGGGCCUAUGACCACGUGGGCAGGUGGUGGUACUUGGCGGGCGACGACCAGGUGCUGAUGAGGAACCCCGACCUGUGGACACGGCUCCGAGAUAUCAUUGACAUUGACUGGGAUUUCCAGCCGGAUUUUGUGUACGACCACCAGCUCAGGGCGGAGGGGACGGGAGGGUACAUAGACGGCAUUGAGAAGAAUAUCGUAAGAAGUGCCUGA